CAAUCUUGUAGGUAUCCGUCCGCGCAUUUCGGCAAUGGUAGUUCCUUGUGUACAGUGAGUGGCUCUGAAGCUUAUACGGGCGUCUUACACAAAGUGCAUGCAGGAAAAAGUUUCUCUCAGCGAUCCGCUACAACUGUCAAAGAAGACGAAAUCGAAAAAGAAAUUCCUUCAGUGCAACAGAUCGUCCUCCAGUGAAGGUGGUUCGCGGUAGGCCUAGGUGGUGGAUUUCCAUCAAAUAUGGAAGCAAUCGCAAAACACGACUUCAACGCGACAGCAGACGACGAGUUGAGCUUUGGAAAAGGACAAGUACUAAAGGUCCUUAAUAUGGAAGAUGAUAUGAACUGGUACCGCGCCGAGCUGGAUAACAAAGAAGGGCUCAUACCCAGCAACUACAUAGAGAUGAAGAAACAUGAUUGGUACUACGGCCGCAUCACCCGAGCGGAUGCGGAGAAACUCCUUUCCAACAAGCACGAGGGGGCCUUUCUGAUCCGCGUGAGCGAGAGCUCCCCGGGCGACUUCUCGCUCUCAGUCAAGUGCGCGGACGGCGUGCAGCACUUCAAGGUGCUGCGGGACACGCAGGGAAAGUUCUUCCUCUGGGUCGUCAAGUUCCCUUCCCUCAACGAGCUGGUGGAGUACCACAGGUCGGCCUCCGUCAGUCGAUCGCAGGACAUCAAGCUCAAGGACAUGCUACCCGAAGAGUGCCUGGUGCAAGCAAUGUACGACUUCCAACCCCAAGAGAGCGGAGAGCUUCAGUUCCGACGCGGUGACAUCAUCACGGUGCUGGACCGCUCGGACGCCAACUGGUGGGAAGGCGAAAUUGGUGCCAGACGUGGCUACUUCCCCGCCACCUAUGUUGUGCCCUACCACACGUAACACCACUUGUGUUAUGUGACCCCCCCAGUGUUUUUUCUGUUUUUUUUUUUUUUUAGCCACCUCCUGUUUUUCUUUAUUGUUUUUUUUUCUUUGUUCUUACAGUGAAACUGCACUUUGUUGCAAUAUUGCGAUGGAAAGUCAUCUACGGAAAUCCCUCGGAUGCCCAGGCGUAAACUUUUCCCCCCCUCGUAUUUGGGGGAGGGGAAAAAAACGGCGUAUUUUAUCUCAAAGUGUCAAAACAUUUGUAGUGAGGUCUGAGGCGAGGAUUUGUACAUAGCGAUUUGUUGUGAGCGAUCGAGGAUGUUUUUCUUGUGUUUUUUUUUUUUUUUUUGUCCAGCUUCCUUUUUGAGGCAAGACUUUUUUUUACAUAUGUAUAUGUGCGUAAACUUCCCCAGAUUGCUGCCAUAGAGACGUUCUCUUUUGUAUUCCCCUUUCUUGUGCUGUCAUAGCAGAGUGUAUGUUUGUGUGUGUAUAUAUAAAUAUAUAUAUAUAUAUAUAUGUCCGCCUGCUUGGCUUCAAAAACGAAAGACGCCUUCUCUUUGCGUUCCUUUGGGGCGCGUACUCUUGCUCGAGUUUCCCUCUCCUUUUUUUUUUUUCUUUUUUUUGACGAACCUGACUUUCUUAUCUGCUUUUUUUCCUUCAAGGACGAUAAAGUAACGCCUGGUGGGUCACCGUACAACUUCGAACACACUUAGCUUGAACACCGCCUCGUCGUGUCGGGACAGCCGCGGUGCCGCAGGGUGCAAAAAAAAUGUUGCAGCAGUUUUGAUGGUGGGUCUCCCCCCCCUGAAUCUGCUUGACUGGUGUAGUAUGACCCUGGCUAAUCCUGCGGACGAGGUGCCGCUUACUCGUUUCAGUUAAGUCUGUUCGGAAGUGUACAGCUGUGGCAGAGAAACCGAAUCCUUCCACCUCUAGUCAGGAACAACAACUCCUCUCUCCCCAUUUUGUUCUCUCCCUCCCGGUAGUAAAUUAUGUUUCCCUCCCCCUUUGUCCCCCCCCCCCUCUUUUACUGCGUACACACGCUGCGAGCCGCCCUUUUGCGCCCAGCAUUUUCUCGUUCUCGCCCCCUUUACUCGAGCCGUACUUGAGAUUGUAGAGCUCCCUCGACAGGAUCUCGCAAAAAAACAAAAAACAAAAAAUCAAUUUUUGAGAGUGCCGCGUCGGCACGGUCACAGCGAUGGCACAGGGGACGAAGGGUUGCUCUUUCUAGCAUUGCGUGUCCAUGUACGAACCGCUUGUGUCAAUACGGACACGCGUCACUUGUUAUAUAAAUGCACGCGUCGAAGGUUCAAUUUGAUGAAGGGUUCUUUGGUUCAUUGUAAUAUGCAGUGUGAAUAAAGCUGUUACUGUAAAA